AUGAAACUGACACUCACCAUAGAGGGGAAGAAAGCUGUGGGACUUAUGGAUUCUGGGGCAAACUGUAGUUUGUUGUCGGAAAAUUGGUAUUUGGGGAAUUUAAAACCAAAAGGGGUGACAUUGUAUAAUAGUAGUGACUACAUAUGUGACCUGAGUGGUAACGAAAUUAAUAUAAUAGGUCAUGUCGUUGUUGAUGUGGAAGUAAGUGGAAUGGAACAGAAUAGCUGUGUGUUCUAUGUCAAGAGAGCUGAGAAAGGAAGGAAUGGUCUUGGCAAGAACACUGAACAAGAGUGCCUUGUGGGCAUGAAUGUUUUGUCUUUGCUUUUUGAAAAGUGGGGAGUCACCAAAAAUGUUAACGUGAUGGCAUCAGAGAAAGAUAGAUUAAAAGCUGAAUAUGGUAAAGUUUUGGAUUGCUGUAUGAGACUAGUUGGUCAAACUAUGCAGGUUUGGCAGAGGGAGGAUUUAGGAUAUGCUAGUUGCUUAAGACAACAGAAAAGAAAUGUCCCGUCAGGUAGCAGGAAACUAAUUAAGGUAUACAUUGAUAACCUAAAGGAAGUGCCAAAGGAGUAUGUAGUUUUAGAGAAAGUAGCAGAUGAGAGUAAAAAUAUGUUGCCUCCGGGUGUUCAGGUCUUGCCCAGUUUUUCUAUAUGUGAAUGGGGCGUUGGAUAUGUUUGUGUUGCUAAUUGGUCUAAAGAUAAUGUCAGCAUUGAAGCAGGCAGUAUAUUGGCCACGGUGCAACUUGGCAUAGGGGAGUUUAUGGAGGAUGAUGAUAACGAGAAUACUGAAAAACUAUCAGAGGAAGAACUUCAAAACCACAGACGGAAGUUGGGAGUAAAUGUCGAUGAAAGUAACUUAAGUAAGUCGGAUUUGUUAAGACUUGAUAAGAUACUCUACAAAUAUAAAGACUGUUUUGAGCUAAAUGAUUCAGACCUAGGUUUGAUAAAGGGAUGGGAACAUUCCAUUAGAUUGUCCUGUGGGAAACCUAUCAAAUUACCGUAUAGGAGAAUAGCACCUACGUUAAUCCCUGAGGCUAAACAGUUGCUUGAUGACUUAAAGAAACGGGGUGUAAUUGAAGAAAGUGCAAGUCCUUAUGCAGCACCUAUAGUCCUUGUGAGGAAGAAGGGGGGAGGCUUAAGGUUGUGCAUUGAUUAUAGAAAAUUGAAUGAAAAAAACUUUAAAGGAUGCAUUUCCUCUUCCUAG